AUGGCGCCCAAGGGCAAGACCUCGUUUACGCUCAAGACGCCCAAGGGAACCAAGGACUGGGCUGGCCCUGAUGCUCUCCUGCGCGACAACAUCUUCAGCACAAUCACUAAUGUCUUCAAGCGUCACGGUGGCAUGGCGCUUGACACGCCUGUGUUUGAGCUGCGCGAGAUCCUGGCGGGCAAGUACGGCGAGGAUUCGAAGCUGAUAUAUGACCUGCAGGACCAGGGUGGAGAGAUAUGUUCAUUGCGAUAUGACUUGACCGUCCCCUUUGCUCGAUGGCUGGCCAUGAAUACCGAUAUCCGUAAUAUAAAACGAUACCACCUGGCUAAAGUGUACCGACGAGACCAGCCGGCUAUGACAAAGGGAAGGAUGAGAGAGUUCUAUCAGUGUGACUUUGACAUUGCUGGUGCACAGUUUGACCCCAUGGUCGCCGACUCAGAAGUGCUUAAGAUUGCAACGGAAGUGUUUGAUGACCUAGGCUGGAAGGGGAACUACACGAUUAAGAUUAAUCACCGGAAAAUAUUGGAUGGGUUGUUUGAGGUGUGCGGUGUGCCUCAGGACAAGAUCCGGACCAUUUCCAGUGCAGUGGAUAAGCUGGACAAACUACCAUGGGAGGACGUCAGGAAGGAGAUGGUGGAUGAGAAGGGCCUUGACGGCGCUGUAGCUGAUAACAUUGAAACAUAUGUUGUUCGAAAAGGCGGACGGGAUCUCCUUGAAUCAUUGCUGGCGGAUGAGAAACUCACAGCCAAUGCUUCUGCCAAAGCCGGGUUGGAUGACAUGGCCUUGCUGCUUGGAUACCUUGAGGACUUUGGCGUGCUGGAUAAAUUCUCUUUCGAUAUGAGCCUUGCUCGUGGCCUUGACUACUACACCGGUGUCAUCUACGAGGUCAUCACCGAAGGCUCGGCACCUGCAACCGCUACUUCUGCCCCUGAAGCUCAAAAACUGCAACGCCAGGCGAAGAAGGACAAGAAAGUAGAUGCUGACGAGGACAGGUCUAAUGACCCUUCUGUUGGCGUCGGUAGCGUUGCUGCAGGUGGUCGUUACGAUGAUUUAGUGGGCAUGUUCUCACCCAAGGCCCAAAUCCCGUGUGUUGGAAUAUCGUUUGGCGUUGACCGAAUCUUCUCCAUCACCAAGGCCCGCAUGCAGCGCGAGAGCAAGUUACGAAACAGUGAGGUGGAUGUAUAUGUCAUGGCAUUUGGCGGUAAGGGGUUCACAGGCUUAUUAAAGGAACGAAUGCAAAUCUGCAAGUCAUUGUGGGAGGCCGGCAUCAAGGCCGAGUUCCUAUAUAAAGUUAAGCCAAAGCUUCCCGCCCAGUUCAAAGCCGCUGAAGCCAACCUUGUCCCCUUCGCCGUUAUCCUAGGUGAAGAUGAGCUUGCUGCUGGAAAAGUCCGUGUCAAGGAGAUGGGUCUCCCAGAUGGCCACCCUGAGAAGGAAGGUCUGCUGGUUGACAUCGCCUCUCUUACCACUGAAAUUAAGCAAAGGUUGGAGAAGAAGGCGAAUGAGUCCGGUGUACCUGCAGAUGCACCUGCAGGUGAGCAAGAAGACCUAGCACAGAAAGUAAAAGAUCUUCUGUAA